AUGCAAUAAAAUCUAAAACCUCUACUGAUUAUUGACUCUAGAUAUACUCUCUAUGACUUAAGACAAAAAAGAACAUACAAAUAUAAUACUGUUCUAUAGAAAUCCUUCAUAUUACUUCAACAGCAUUUUCAAAUAUUAGUCAUUUUUUGUCACUCUAAAUCUAAUACUAAUGAAUUUUUUUAUAAUGAAUUUCAAAAGAAUUUUUAAGGAAUCGACUCAAAAUAACUUUCAAUAAAAGAAUUAUAAAACACUUCAUUUCAGAAUCAAGAAAUUAUUGUUAUAACUCAUAAUUAUGAAUAAUUCAUUCUCAAUCAAAAAUAUCAGUUAUACUAUUUUUCAAGUGUUUCAUAACAAUUAGAUAAAAAAAAAUAAUUAGAACUUAAAUAUUAUUAAACAAAUCCUAAAUCAAAUUUUCAUAUUUCCCAUAUUCAGUAAGUCUUUUCAUAUUUUUCAAAGUCAGAAAAUCCUUUCUGUGUUGGUUAUUAUUUUUAUCCUAAAAAAUUCAAUGAAUUAAUUUAAUUUGAUGCAUUAAUUAGCAAUAAUAAUUUCAAUUAUAUCCCCAUUGACUUUAGAUUUUACAAUAAAUACAUAAAAAUUAAUUUAUUAUUUCAUAGACUAAUGGAUAUCUAUAAGAAAAAGGAAAUCAAUAUGAAAUAGAAUGAGGUUGAAUUAUUUUAAUAAAAUUAUGACAAAUUUAUAACUGAAAAUGCCUAAAUACCAGUUAUAGAUUCAAUUGAAUGUUUAAAGACGUUAAUUUAGAGAGAUGAACUUAAUAUUAAAUUAUAAUCUAUCUUUUCUAGUCCCCAAUUCUAAUCUGCUGUAUAAGAACAUCAAAUAAAGAUUAUGACUCCAGAAUAAAUUGUUUAUGAGAAUAAUGAUUAAAAUUAAGAUUUGUCAAAUCUAAAAUAUCCACUCAUUGUAAAAAGUAAAUAAGGAGCGUUGACAGCUAAUUGUCAUAUAAUGGCUAUAGUAGUAAAUGAAAAAGGACUAAGGGAAUUGUUUAAGCAAGAAUAAUUUAAGUAUCAGAUUAUUAGUAGAUUAGAGGAUAAUUAAUCUUGUAGUAAAUUAUUAACCAUAACAGCAUUAUAUACAAAAUAUAUCAAUUAGGAAGUAAAAUGAUUGUACAAAAACGAAAAUCAAUUCCUAAUAUAGAAAUUAACAAUUUUAAAUUUGAAGAAGUAACUUUGAUAUUUAUAAACUUUAGGGUUUUUACAUUUUUGAUACACAAAAAGACUUAUUUAAAAAUGUUUCAUAAUGUUUGAAAUAAGUUGAUGAAGGAAUUCAUGAAUGUUCAAAUGAAGAUUAAUUGCUUAAACAGAUGGAAUUAUUAUCUUCAAUUAUAUCAAAGGAUUUUAAUUUACAUCUUUUUGGUUUUGAUAUUAUUGGAAUGAAUUGGGAAUUCUAUAUUAUUGAUAUAAAUCAUUUUCCAGGAUAUAAAAAUGUAAGAAAUUAAAAAUGUAUAAUAGGUUGAAAAUGCUAGGGAAUUAUUUGAGUAAUUAUUUAUAUAAGUAUCAACAAAAUGA